GGGGGAAGGGAGAAAGCACUGAAGGAAAGAGGGAGGGAGGAAAGCGCUGCCAUGGACAGGGGCGGAGCUUUGACGUUGAGCUACAGGGCUAGGAGCUUGCGAGAGCUUCUCGUCACGUCAUUUGAUUUCAUGGCAAGUGCUGGGAGCACAGGCAGCCUCACAGUGGGGAUUUUUUUUCUCUUCUCUCUCCCCACCUCCUUCAUUGUAUAAUGCUUCUCCUUCCCGGCCAGGCACAGGCAUUGGCUUAAUCGCAGCAGCCGGACCGACAUAUGGAGCUGCUGCUGCUACACUAGGGGGAGGGGGAUGCGUUAGACCUCAGGUGUAAGUGCAUGGGGUUCCAGGGUUGUACUGCAAGAGGAGACUUUCGCACAGAGGAUCCCCGCAUCUUGCCUGGCUCGUUCUCUGUUAUACAGAGAGUUAGAAUCCCAUGACUGGAAGUAAGAAGAUAGGCACACAUAUAUGUUGGCUAAAGCAGGAAAGCGAAAGUUUGACGAGCAUGAAGACGGGAUGGAAGGCAAAGUGGUGUCCCCAACAGACGGACCAUCCAAAGUGUCCUACACCCUACAGCGCCAGACUAUUUUCAACAUUUCUCUUAUGAAACUCUAUAACCACAGGCCGCUGACUGAGCCAAGCUUACAAAGAACAGUUUUAAUUAACAACAUGUUGAGGCGAAUACAGGAUGAAAUGAAGCAAGAAGGUAGUUUGAGGCCUGUGUUUAUCGGCACUCCUCAGUCUACAGACCCUCUUGGUGACACCUAUCAGGAGGCACAACCUGCAUUCAGCCAUCUUGCCCCUCCUCUGGUUCAACCUAAUGACUUACUAAGCACUACACCACUAGAGUCUUGCCUCACCCCAGCAUCUUUGCUUGAGGAUGACACGUUUUGCACUUCUCAGACAACUCAGCAGAAUGGUUCCAGCAGCAAACUACCACCACCAACAUCUCCUCCGCCUCCUAUCCAGCCAGUAAAGGACAGUUUCUCUUCAGCUUUGGAUGAGAUUGAGGAAUUAUGCCCAACAUCUACCUCUACAGAGGCAGCUGCAACAGAAGAAGUGACGGCACAUGUCGAUUAUGACAAUGCUGCAUCCAGUAACCACAAGCCGGAGGGAACACAAGAGAGCCGAACAAGUGAGCCAAAACUAAUGGAUUCCCUUCCAGGGAAUUUUGAAUUAACGACAUCCACUGGCUUUCUUACUGACUUAACCUUGGAUGAUAUUCUCUUUUCUGAUAUUGAUACAUCCAUGUAUGAUUUUGAUCCUUGCACAUCCAAUGCUGGAACAGCCUCUAAGAUGGCUCCAGAUGAGCUUCUGAAAACGUUAUCUCCUUAUAGCAGCCAACCAGUAGCCCCAAGUCAGCCUUUUAAAAUUGACCUCACAGAAUUAGAUCAUAUUAUGGAGGUUCUGGUUGGCUCUUAAACAAGGUGACUUUUUUUAUGUCCUGUAACCCCACAGAUUCACAGCACUGUGCAUGCAUUCUCUCUUGCCUUUGACGAAAACAAUAAGGAUCAUGGUACAUUUUGCAUUACGCUGUAUUGGAGUGCCUUCUGUAUACUACUUUGGAGAAAUUUUAGAUGUGAUUCUCCAAGGAUCUUACCACAGUCCGCUGAUGAUUGCGUAUUACAAACCGUUUACCGACGGCAAAGACAUCAGUUUCAAUUGCAAAUGUUAAGCACACGAAUUAUGUUGGGGAACGCUGUAAAUUGCAUGUGCAUAAUUGUCUAUUUUUUCAAUAAGUUUUAUUGCAAAAAGGUAAAUUUUAUUAUUUAGAUAAUCAGAGUCCCAUUUUGGCAUUUUAUUCAUUCUUAGGUUGGAAAAUAGUUUAAAAAAAAAUGGAGGCAUUAAUUAUGGCUUUUACAGUUAAAUGGCAUAUACAUGGCUGCUUAGAUACCGCCGCCCGAAUGUUUUUAUAUUUUUGUACAGAUUCUGUCAUUCAUUAUAUUGUUUUUCUAGAAAAUGUAAAAAAAAAAAAAAACCUGUGUUUCUACAAACACACACAAAAUUAUUUUGAUGAGGUCUCAAGAUAUAGCCCUUCCUAUUUCUAACAUGCAAGUUAGACCUGUGCUUUUGUAAUCCUUUCAAUUGGUUUCUAGAUUUUAUAGUGCAAAAAAAAAAUGUUCAUGGAUCAAAGAGAGCCUGCAAUAAUUUCCAAACGGGGGGGCUACGUUGGAGUGAAUCGGGAGUAAAUGAUGAAUUUUCAUGGAGAUAUAUCCCUUGUUUUUAGCUUGUAAAAGUCUAGGGUUUUUUUUUUUCUACAGCCUCCUCCAUGGGUCGUAUAGACGCCCAAAAGUGUCUUUCCUUAGGCAAAACAUUUUCUUAUUUUGGGUCUCACUUCCUGGUCAGCUGACUGUAUUCUUAGCGCCACUGUGGUUAAAAAAACAAGGAAGCAGCAACCAAUCUGCUGCACGUUUUACAGCCCUUACGUGUAAGUCGUGGGGGGAUGGCUCUUCCCAGCCUGCAUAAAAAACAGCACAUGCAUUGCCUUAUCUUCUAUGAAGUGUGUUGGUUUCUAUAUAAACCUCUAAAUAUUCAACUAUAGCAAUGUACUAAUGUUGGGAUCUCUGGCGAUUGAUAAUCCCAUUGAAGCUUUUAUUGAAUUUCAGGGGGUUAUUUACUAAACCACAAAUGUAUAUGGUCGGGCUUUUUGGGGCAAAAACUCUUUUAAUUUUUUGUGA